CCGAGCGCCAGGCCGGACCCGGGCCCUUCUCCGCGUCCCGCCGGCCUCGGGCGCCAGGUGUCGGAGGGCUCUCUCAGGACGCCUGUCUCAUCCUACACUGGGUAUGUGAAGCUACACCUCACUGGACCCUUUAAUAGGUGAGCCAGCAUUGCUACUUGAGUUCAGUAAAGAAUGUUCCUUGUUUCCUGUGCUUUAGCUGAGACUAUAUCAUCUGCCUGAAGUCUGUGGGGAGUCCAGAUGCCAGAUGAGCUCAUGAGCCCUGGGGUCUGAGUUUUAACAUGGUUUUAUAUUGGAAGGCACUUGGGGCAUUGGUAUUUGAUUUUGAGAGUUCAUGCCACUGUCCAGAUACUUCUCUCCUUAUGAGGGAUCUGCUCCAUGUUCUCUGCUGCAGUUUGGGAAGGUAGCUGAAUGGAUAUGGGUGUGAAGGGCUGGGCAGCAGUGUACAGCAGGCAGGGCUAUGGAGAGGAGACAUUGAAUAGUACCAGAUCCCUGCAGCUACGUGGGUGUAGGGUCCAACUUCUCUGCUUACCAUGUUUCUAAAUUUUAGCCACCUUGUGGAUAUAAAAUCAUAUUUCAGUGUGGUUUUGAUGUAUGUAUGUGUGAGAUGCUGGCAGUGGAAGCCAGGACCUUGCAUGUGCUAGGCAAGUGCUCUACCACACCACUAAGCUACAACCACAGCCUGAAGGAGCAUUUUCAUUCUUCAAAGUUUGUUUUUAAACGGAGGUCUCAGUGUUGCCGAGGCUGUCCUCCCAACUCCAAGGCUCCAGUAUCCUCUUUGCUCAGCCUCCCUAGAAGCUGGGACUUUAGGUGCACCAUGCUGGGCUUUGGUUUUGAUUUUUAUUUCCAUUGUGAAAAAAUAUUGAGCCUGCCAUUUGCACUGUGUAUGCUGUUGUAGCAUACGAUGAAUUUUUUUCCUUGUUUGUACUAUUACUCUCAUUUGCAAAAAGAAAGUCUCAUUUCAGAAUGCUAUUAAUGGUUUGUCGUUUAUAAUGCUAAGUAAGAGUGAAGGCAAGGAGACCUGGCUUCCCUGCUUUUCUCCUAAUACCUAAGCAGUAGGUGCUCAGGGAAGUUGGUGAAAGAAAUUAGGCAAAGUGUUUAACUUGACUGAUUCUGUCUUUCCUUCCUGGCUCCAAAAAAGUCCGGAGACUAGGCAGACCCAUAUCCCAUCAUCCUGACUCUUUUCACAGUCAUUGCAUGGCUCUCCAGAGCCCUGUCCAUCCUGGCCAGCCACUGAGGACCCACUUCCUUUCUCUGAGUACCAGGGGUUUGAGGUCCAGAAGCAGCAAAGAUGUCUAAUGAGCCACCCCCUCCUUAUCCUGGGGGACCUACAGCCCCACUUCUGGAGGAGAAGAGUGGAGCCCCACCCACCCCAGGCCGUACCUCCCCAGCUGUGAUGCAGCCCCCACCAGGCAUGCCACUGCCCCCUGCAGACAUUGGCCCCCCACCGUACGAGCCACCAGGUCAUCCAAUACCUCAACCUGGCUUUGUCCCCCCCCACAUGAGUGCGGAUGGCACCUACAUGCCUCCAGGGACUUGGCUCCUAGUAGAUGUCUGGAUCUCUGCCUAUCUGCAGCUCUCCACAGGGCCAAGGAAGGGCCUAUGGCUCUUGUACAGGUUGCCAGGUUUCUACCCGCCUCCAGGCCCUCACCCACCCAUGGGCUACUACCCACCUGGACCCUACCCACCAGGGCCCUACCCUGGCCCUGGAGGCCACACAGCCACCGUCCUGGUUCCUUCAGGGGCUGCCACCACAGUGACAGUGCUGCAGGGAGAGAUCUUUGAAGGCGCACCAGUGCAGACUGUGUGUCCCCACUGCCAGCAGGCCAUCACCACCAAGAUCUCUUAUGAGAUUGGCCUGAUGAACUUCGUGCUGGGUUUCUUCUGCUGCUUCAUGGGGUGUGAUCUGGGCUGCUGCUUGAUCCCCUGCCUCAUCAAUGACUUCAAGGAUGUGACACACACGUGCCCCAGCUGCAAAGCCUACAUCUACACGUACAAGCGCUUGUGCUAACAGAGCUGAACUCGGACUCCCCAGCCUGUCAGUGGCCCCCUCCCCAUGCUUCGCUCCCUGUGCUCGGUGGUUGCUUCUCCUCCACUUGGGGUUGGAAGCUAGGCCACCCUCCCCUGGAAGUCCUGUCCUCUUCUCCUUGCCCUACUCUGAGCAUCUGACUCUUCCAGCAAAAAUUCUGUUGGCUUUAAGGCCAAGGGCCAGUGGAUGGCAGGGGAGUAGCACUGAGCUUGUGUUUUGCUGGUUUGCUUGGUGUUUUUGAUCCGGAAGAUAAGCUGGAAAGGGGUCCUUAUUUUUCCAUUUCCGUCCAAGGUCCAGGCUCGGUCCUGACUCUCCAUGGGGCCAUAAGCUGCCAAAGUAGGUCCCAGCCUCAGGUCCUGCAGUAGAGGCUGUACCUGGAGCCACAGUUGUUCCUGCUAGGCUGACAGUAGGGCAUCAUCUGGACCCAAGCAGAACAGGGUCAUAAGGCCUGGGUUUGGUGUAGGGUACACUGCACCUCUAGGGUGCCAGAGGUGGGGCAUGCCAGAGUUAAUGAUCGCCAACUCUGGCCCUCAGCACUCAGGUAUGGAAACCCAGGACAUCUCUCUGUCCAAGUGCCCAAGAACCCCCUGGUACAAGGUAGGGAGGAUGCUGGGUAAGUCAUGGCCCUGUUAACCAAGAGUGACUCAUCCCCACUGUACCCCCUUUGAGUUGAUGUGCAGAGAUCCCCUUUCUGGCCACACCUCUGUGAACCCCUAUAUUUUCUGGGGCCAGAAGGAAUGCCCAUGAACCUAGCCCGUCCUGUCUACCCUGUGUCCUCACUGUGUGUGGGUGCAACCUUGUCCAAUAGCUGCUAUGUCCCAGCUGAAACAGAUGGCAGAUAAAAGGGCCCCCCCCCCUUAGACGCACUGGGAUUUACAACACCUUCACCCUUGGUUCUCUUCCUGGAAAGCACUAGGCCCUUUGCCUCACCUGACUUGCUGUUGCUGUACCUACUCCCUCUCUUUGGGACACGUCAACAGAAAGAGCUGUGGCGCUGGGAUGAGGAAGGAGUGAUGGCCUAGUGGAUAACUGUCUUGCUUGCCCAGGGCAUAGACCCAGAGCUGUCUUUAUUUCCUAAAUGGUUUGUCUGUAAACUUGCCCACAUGGACACUGUAUUCCUGCUACUGUCCCGCUCUUGGUCGCGCACUGCCACUGCAUGGCCUCCUGUCACUGUGAAUCGUGGCCUGGUCUCAGUUUGUAGUUUCUCAUUAAAUUGGCCCUUUCACUCCCCUGCCCUGGACCUCUCUGCUCUUGCCUGGUUUCCUUCUUUUCUGAGGGAGGGGGGCGGAGGCUACAGGUAGUGAGGAGGCAGGUAGGGGGUUGAGCCCAACUGCUUUGGGGAAACAUUAUGUAGACCUGCCCUGGGAACCCAGCUGUGACUAGGCCAGGGCAGAAACUGCCUUUGACAGUUUGAAAGUCACCUUUCUUUCUGAUGCUGGCACCUUGGCAUUCACCCUUGGGACCUGCAAAUUGGAGUCUACCCAUCCCAAGCUUGGGCUUGAUGUCAUCCUGCUCUGUAGCUCUUUUUCACUUGAGAUAGAGCCACUGGGUUGAGACUAAUGGUCUAUAGGUUAGUAGGGUACAGCCUGAGCAUCCAAAUUCUGGAAUAGCUCUGGCCUUGGCCUGUUAAAUGUGAAGGUGGUAAGUUUCAGUCCGUAGUUUAAAAAGACUUUCACCACCAUAUAAUCCUUUUUUAAAUAAAACUUUUUACAAGUGGUAGAUUCCUACUAAUAAAAAUAUUUAACCUCACACUUA